GGGCCAGAGGCGAAAUGGAACUGUAUAAUAGCUCACUGGAGCUUUUCUACACCAGCAACACUACAGAGACCCCUGAGACCAUCACUGACCAACCUUGGAAUGAGGCUACUCUGUUGGGUCUUCAGAUCUCCCUAUCUGCUCUGUUGGCCAUCAUCACACUGGCAACAGUGCUGUCCAAUGCCUUUGUCAUUGCCACCAUCUUCCUCACUAGAAAGCUCCACACACCAGCCAACUUCCUGAUUGGCUCGCUGGCUGUCACUGACUUGCUUGUGUCCAUCUUAGUCAUGCCCAUAAGCAUUGUCUACACUGUUAGCAAGACCUGGUCCUUUGGGCAGAUUGUUUGUGACAUCUGGCUAUCAUCUGAUAUCACUUUCUGUACAGCCUCCAUCUUGCACCUUUGCGUAAUCGCACUGGACCGCUACUGGGCCAUCACUGACGCACUGGAGUACUCGAAACGCCGCACCAUGCGUCGGGCAGCGGUCAUGGUCGGGGUGGUGUGGGUGAUUUCCAUAUCGAUCUCCAUGCCUCCCCUUUUCUGGCGGCAGGCCAAAGCCCACGAGGAGCUGACGGAGUGCUUGGUGAACACCGAUCAGAUCUCCUACACCCUCUACUCCACCUUCGGUGCCUUCUAUGUUCCCACUGUCCUUCUUGUCAUCCUCUAUGGUCGGAUUUACGUGGCGGCGCGUUCCCGCAUCUUCAAGACGCCGUCAUCCUCCGGUAAACGGUUCACCACGGCUCAGCUCAUUCAGACCUCGGCAGGCUCCUCUCUCUGCUCCAUCAACUCUGCCACCAACCAGGAGGCCCACCUACACUCUGGAAGAGGGAGCAGAGCGGGUGGGUCGCCUCUCUUCGUGAAUAGUGUGAAAGUGAAGCUGGCGGACAGCGUGCUGGAGCGGAAACGCCUGUGCGCAGCGCGGGAGCGCAAGGCAACCAAGACGCUGGGCAUCAUCCUGGGUGCAUUCAUCGUUUGUUGGCUCCCCUUCUUCGUGGGCACGCUGGUCAUGGCCAUCUGUAAGGAGUGCUGGUUUGAUCCGGUGCUUUCUGACGUCUUUACCUGGCUGGGUUACCUCAACUCCCUCAUCAAUCCUGUCAUCUACACUGUAUUCAACGAUGAGUUCAAACAGGCCUUCCAGAAACUGGUCAAGUUCAAAAGGUGUUGA